ACAUCCCAGAGGACGAGCUGGACAUUAGCAGCUGUAACCUAGACGACGGCUCCUUCCUCCACCCCUACCCUUCCAAGAGGAGACAAGCCCUGCUGAAGGCUGCGGGGGUGAAGAUGGAUAAGGAGGAGAAGAGGCAGCUCCAGCAGCUGAGAGUGUCCAGGGAGGACUGUGGUUGUGACUGUCAGGGCUUCUGUGAGCCAGAGACCUGCGCCUGCAGCCUGGCAGGCAUCAAGUGUCAGAUGGACCACUCGUCAUUUCCCUGCGGCUGCACUAAGGAUGGCUGCUGUAACCUGGAAGGGCGUAUAGAGUUCAACUCCAGCCGGGUUCAGACCCACUACAUCCACACCAUCAUGAAGCUAGAGCUGGAGAAGAGACUGGAGGAGACGUCUGGACCAGAGGAAGAGGACCUGGGAGAGACCGCCCCAUGUCACUACUACAACAACCCCUUGUCCGACCUCCCCUCCAUCCCAGACCGCCCCUCCUUCCACUUCAGUUCAAAGCUGGCGGCGGUCAGGGAGAACAGCUGUAGUAGCGACAUGACCGACUCCUCUGCCUCCUCUGGGGGGAGUGAAUACUCGGAGGAAGGGGCGGAGUUAGGGCGGCGCUCCCGGGAGGACGGCCCCCUGCUGGAUGAGAACGGACUGAGCCGCAUCCUCAGCUUCAGCGACAUCGACGACAACGACGACUACAAUGUAAACAACCGUGUUGUCAAUGACAACCGCUGCUACCCCGAGCAACGUCUACAGCAACAGCCGUGGAUGUUGACAGGGUUUAGCACGGCAGACUUCCCAGAGGAGAAUGACAAUCUAGAGGUGCACAGAGACAACCGGGCCAUGGCCAUAUCACAACUGUUAGAUGAUAACGCUAACCAAGCCAACGCUCUGUUCCACCACAGCGGCUGCAGUGUCCCCAACACCCCCUCUUCCUCAGUAGACUGCCCCAACACCCCCUCUUCCUCAGUAGACUGCCCCAACACCCCCUCUUCCUCAGUAGACUGCCCAACACCCUCUUCCUCAGUAGACUGCCCCACACCCCUCUUCCUCAGUAGUACUGCCCCAACACCCCCUCUUCCUCAUAGACUGCCCCAACACCCCCUCUUCCUCAGUAGACUGCCCCAAACCCCCUCUUCCUCAGUAGACUGCCCCAACACCCCCUCUUCCUCAGUAGAUUGGCACCGAGGCUGCCAGCCUGUCUUCAGUAGAUGGCACGUGGCAGGCCUGUCUGCAGUAGAUGGCACCGCUGCCAGCCUGUCCUCAGUAGAUGGCACCGCUGCCAGCCUGUCCUCAGUAGAUGGCACCGCUGCCAGCUACAUGGACCUCAGCCUGUCCUCAGAGUCUGACCUGGAGUUCUUUGAUGGUUUCUGUCUGGGUCCUUCCUCCCUCUACAACUCCCUAAAGGAGUACCAACACAUGGACACCUUCUUUCACUUCCAGUUGCCUAGUUACCCCAGCAGCCAAUCACAGGCCAGCGACCCUGGGUCCUGCCUCCUGGAGUCUCUGAUUGGUCUGUCAGAAUCUGUCCCAGAACCCCCUGCAACGUUCAGACAAUCAAGUGUUUGGAGGAAGCCGUCAGGGGUUAACUAACCGGACCUGACCUGCCAACUGUGUUCUGGGCUAUGUAGUGAAUUAGGGGGGACGGUAGUCCGUGUAAACAGACUGCUGUUGGAGGAAGCUAUCUAUCUAUUGUUAAUGAGAUUCCGUUCUUGCCUUCCAAAUGUUAGCAAAAGCAGUUGGGAUUUAUUGCUGUAUGAAAUGGCAGCGAACAUUUCAUUUGAAAAAGAAGAAAGUGAGACUUAACAUAAAAGUGAACGCUCGAUUGUGUAAUCUGAGUCAUGUAUCUGUGACCAUACACUGAUGCCGUGUGUUGGAGCCAAGCCUGCCCCUCCACACUGACACAACACAGAGGGUAACUGGUGCUAGUUGCUGUUCUGUUUGGGGAUAUACAACCUGUAAUAUGGUCAAUGAAUCUUUAAACGUUGCUGAAUGUCAACCUCAGGGACUUUUUCUAGCUUUAGGAAGCAGACCGUUUUGUCCAUUGAAGCACUGUGGUGGGUGUUGCUUUUACACACAUACACACAUACAGACAAACCCCCACUAGAAUCACAACGUUAUCAUAACCCCAGCUUCCAUUACGUCUCUGUGCUCCGUCCCAGUUGACUGGAGUUAGGGGGGGUCGACGGUCAGCCCCUGUGUUUCAUCCUAAAGCUAGAGACCUCCAUAAUGGUGUCCAAGGCUCUGGUAGGGUACAGCAGUCCCUCCGUAAGCUCCUUGGUCAGCACUUUAUCUGUGAAACUGGUGAUUGAUGAACCAUCUAUGAUUUGACUUUUACAUUUUCUUUUGGGGGGGGGGGGUUAUUUUAUGAUUUUCAAUUUAUUUUCAGAUAAAAAAGCCUGCUAAACGUAGGUUCAAGCAGCAGUUUGAUUUUUAUAACCUGGAAGUGCAAUCUUACUUUAGGUAUCAGUGACUUUGUCCCAAAUGGCUCCCUGUUCCCUAUAUAGUGCACUACUUCAGACCAGAGCCCUAUGGCUCCCUGUUCCCU